CGCCGAGGGGCGUCUACGUUCAGCCUGCGUUGUUAUCUACCUGUGUCCGUGAGACGUAUAUGCUAGUAUUCAAUAUUGUUUGAAGCAAAUGCUUUCGAAGAUUUCAUAACCUCCAAGCUUUUAUUUAGAAUGUCACGCUCUCUGGAACCGGUGGCGACGCUGUCGGGGCACACCGACCGAGUUUGGCAGGUGGCCUGGGACCCAACUGGCCGCACCCUGGCCUCCUGCUCGGCCGACCGCUCGGUGCGCCUGUGGGCGGCCGACGCCGCCGGCUGGAAGUGCGCCACCGUGCUGACCGACGGCCACGAGCGCACGGUGCGGGCCGUGGCCUUCUCGCCGAGCGGCCGGCUGCUCGCCUCGGCCAGCUUCGACGCCACGGCGGCCGUGUGGGACCGCGAGCAGACGUGGGAGUGCGCCGCCACGCUCGAGGGCCACGAGAGCGAGGUGAAGGCCGUAGCCUGGUCGCGCUCGGGCCGCUUCUUGGCCACGUGCUCGCGCGACAAGUCGGUCUGGCUGUGGGAGCUGACGGACGAGCGCGAGCUCGACUUUGAGUGCGCCGCCGUGCUCAUGUCGCACACGCAGGACGUCAAGCGCGUCGCCUGGAGCCCCACGGAGGAUCGGCUGGCCUCCUGCGGCUACGACGACACCGUGCGGCUGCAUCACGACGACGGCGACGACUGGACGAGCGGCGCCGUACUCAAGGGUCACACGUCGACCGUGUGGGCGGUGGCCUGGGACGCGACCGGCCGUCGGCUCGCCUCGUGCUCCGACGACGGCACUGUACGAGUGUGGCGCGAGACGCAGCCGCCGGACGCCUGGACCUGCGUGUGCACGCUGAGCGGCCACCACCCGCGGCCCGUCUACGACCUGGCCUGGUGUCCGCUGACCGGCCUGCUGGCCACCGCCUGCGGCGACGACGGCCUGCGCGUGUUCGCUGAGGAGCCGGCCGCCGGCGGCGACGGCGAUGAGGCGGCGUUCACGCUGGUCGCGACCGUGGCGCGCGCCCACGAGCAGGACGUGAACGCGGUCAGCUGGAGCCCGACCGAGCGUGGCCUGCUGGCUUCGGCCGGAGAUGACGGCCUAGUCCGGCUGUGGCAGGUGGGCGAGCUGUGAGCGCCGCAGACGCCGGCGGUGGCGGGCAGUGCGCCACGCGGUUGCCGCCGUGUGGAGGCUUAAAUGCCGGGCGGCGUUAGUCACGUGGAUGUGUUGUCAGUCGGGUAGUUGCCUCCUGUGCCGUUGGUUGGGAUCUCUUUGGUCUGGGCUUACUAUUACUGUAGCCUUGCUCGGGACUGAGACGUAACUCCUACGCCAUUGGUAUGGUUAUGGGUCUGUCAUCAGACAGUGUCAAACACGAGCGUCACAGAAAUACUCGGUAUCAUACGAGGAACAUCGCUGAGCAUUGAUUUACAGCCACGACGAGGGGGUGGGGAAAGGGCCUGCUGCGAGUGAUAUGCGAAAAGGUGCUUAUUCUCUUUGACGCGCUGGAUUUACCGUUGGGACGCAGCAGUUUUAUGUUUCGUAAGUGCGCGUCUGAUUGUGUGUCGAAAUUGAGAUGCGCCGGGUGCGGGGGCCGCUGUUACGAAUUCGUUUGGCUGACAUCCGAAUGGAGGUGUUACCCAAAACAUAGUCAGUGUGCAAUUUCAAUACAAUUAAAAAUGCUA